AAGCUAUGUUUGCCAAUUUACACACCCAAACGGAAUCUUAACAAACUCUCUCUCUAUAACAACAAUGGCGGUUUCUACAGUUUCUACACGAAGAACAAGCGGACCAGUGAUACGAUCUCACUCUCCAUCUAGAACGACGUCGUCGUUUGCAUCUACAAGCUCAGCUUUCUCCACCGGAUCCACUUCGUUUUUCCGAAACCGAUCGGAAUCACAUACUCACACUCCGGCGAACCUAUACAGAACGACGUCGUCUUCGUCUUCCGUACGGUUUUCGCUUGAUAACCGUCCGAUUUCUCCGAGCAGAUCGAUAUCUUCUCCGGUAAGAAAUCACAAUCAGGCGGUGAAGAAGACGUGUAUGUGCUCGCCUACAACGCAUCCAGGUUCGUUCCGGUGUAGCUUGCAUAAGAACAGUAACAAUAACAACGGAAACGGUAACGGUAACAGUACGGUGACGUAUCCGUCGAACCGACUUAACGCUAGACGAUCAGCGAUGACGAACUCGCUUGUUCGUAUCGGAACGGUUGAAGGUGGAGAUCUGGUGAAGCGAGCUCUAGCGGCGUUGAUCCGGCCGUCGUCGCAUCAACAACGGCGGAGAACGGCGUUUCAGGCGAGGCCUAGUCGGUUAUCCGUCAUGUCAAAGGCGGAGGAUGUUUAGGUUUUGAAGAAAUUCUUGAAUGUUCGUUGAUUAUUUAAACGGUUAACAGCAGAUCGAGCUGAAUUGGAGAUUGAAGAGAUCUGGAUGCAGUUUCAUUGGAGAAUUUGUGGACGAAAACUGAAAACAAGCUCGAACAUGAUAUUGAUCUGUUUUUGAUGUGUAUGUGUAUAUACAUAUAGAUGACGAUAUAUAAUAUCUUCUGUUGCUGCCAUUAAUGGCUAAUCACAACCAGAUUCAGUUCAAAUCAUAAUCUAAUCUAAUCAUACACGAGUAUGUAAUGACAUUAAAAUUGAAUCCAAUUUGGACCAAUUCGAAUGA